AUGAAUGAGGUAGACUCGCCAUGCCUGUUCAACAAAGCACAACAUGCGCUGAACCAGGCCUCGGUGCUCCACCACGAGACCUUCCUCUGGUAUCGAGAUGAGUUGAGCCAACUCGAGGUCGAAGCCAAAGAGCUUGCUGAGAAAAGAAACAUGUAUAAACAUCUCAGCGAGCAACGCAGGGGUGAAAUCAAGAGCCUUCGAGUCGAGUUAGAUGCGACUCAGAAGGAACAUGCCGAUAUAUUGGAACAUGUCCAGCAAAAGGUAGAUCGGGUUGACCAGCUCCGGGUUGAGAUGUACGAAGUCAAGGCGUUGGCCGAGGAGUUGAAGGGCAAGAUGGACCGGUUGGUGUCUGAAAAGGAAAUAACCCAAGAGAAAUUGGCCUCGGCAGAGGACGAACUUCGAUCAAUGAAGGAGAAGGCAGAGGCAUGGUCUCAGAAAAUUGGGGAGCUCCAAUCUCAAUUUAGCUUGGUUGUUACCGAUCGGGAAACCCUCACAAAGGAGCUUAAAGCAGCUAAGUCAGUGGCUGAAAUAGCCAAGGCCGAUGACGAUGAGAUGGUGGCCCAGUACAAAGACGAUACUAAUGCUACUCAGGAGCGCCUAAACGCCAUAGUCGAUCAUGCAAAGUGGCAGUCUCGGAGAGAGGCUCUAGAAGAGGUUCAUGCUCGGGGGUUCGAUUCAUCGACCGAGCUUGAAAAUGUUAAGAGGAUCGAGGAUGAGUACCCCGAGGAUGAGGAAGAUUCUGAGGGUUCGGACGGGUCCGAGGACGGGGAGGAUUCCGACGGCCUCGAUGAUAAGGCGGGCUCUGGUGAGGAUUAG